GAUUUUACCGUGCUUCCUUGCGCCUCUGCUUCGCACCCCGCCUCUGCCGGCGUCGCCGCGCGCACCCCACACACACCAUCCAUCCAUCCACCCACCGCCUUCUCGCACGAUUGCUUUUGCAAUCCCGGGUCGCCGCACGCACGCGAGCAGGCGGCUAUCACCUCGAUGCCACUGCCGGGCUGGAAUCCGCUGGCGCCCGUACUCCAGACCGUCGCCGCCUUCUCCCGCCACAUCCUCAUCGCCCCCGACGCCGGCCCCGAUGACCACCGCCUCCGCCCCCUCCUAGCGCUCUCCCUCUCCCCGCCUUCGCCGGCACCACCGCGGCCGGAGGUUCUCAAUCUCAAGAAGGAUAAGGAUGCCAAGGAGGCGCCCCUGACGAAGGAGGAGGUCGGCCGGGCCACGUGGAUGCUGCUUCACACCAUCGCAGCGCAGUUCCCUGACGAACCCACGAGGCAGCAAAAGCGGGAUGCAAAGGAGUUGAUGCAUAUAAUCUCGAGGCUAUAUCCUUGCAAAGAAUGUGCUGAUCACUUCAAGGAAGUUUUGAAAUCAAAUCCUGUGCAGGCUGGAUCUCAGGCUGAAUUCUCCCAGUGGUUAUGUUACGUGCACAACGUGGUUAAUCGAAGAAUCAUAGGAAAAGUAAGGUCUCAGGGCCAAAAAGAGGAAAACUGAGCUCCUAAUUAAGGGCCUUGGGAAGCCAAUAUUUCCCUGCCAAAGAGUAACUGCGCGAUGGGGUAAGCUCGAUUGCCCUGAGCGCUCGUGUGAUCUAGAAGGCAACAUCGACAUCAUGCCAAACCGAUGACAUGGCCAAGAAAUCGCUUGAACUUUCUACCCCACAGAUGAUUUGUAUACCACUAAUCGAUGAGCACUUGAGCAAUACCAGGGAGAUAAGAAAGAGAAUUCAGGACUCCGUGCUGACAUAUAUCCAUAUGCUUCUGUAGUCUGUAUCCUUUGGUGCUGGACCGUUGGUAGUAAAAGAAAUGAAUGUCUCAUGAUAUUUGUACUCUGUCUAUGCCCUAGUCUGAUGUCUAAUGCUUUCUUUAUCUACCAAACCAUACCCCAUACCAAUCCGUGCAGAUUUUCAUUUUUGUGCAACCGUCUUAUGUCUGAGCAGUUUUUUUAUAAUAUCACAA